CACGUGACCCUUUCCCUAAAAUAUGGCGGUUCUGUCGGAAGAAAUCUUUUGUGGGAUUUCUUCAUUUUAAUACGAGUGGUUCUUUUCUAAUUAUUGUAUCUUGUGUUUGAGUCAAUCCCGCAGCUGCUACUUUAAAGGGGCGUGGCUGGAUUGCAAUUUUGUCGGAUCACGUGAUGCAUCAAGAGAGGAGAGGGGAUGAGGUCCUUACCCUCUCUCUUCCAGUUGGAGCAAAGGUUUUGUCAUGGAAAGUCCUCGUAGGGUCCCGAGUGAAGAAGGGCUUGUCUUUAUGUACGUACAGUACAAAUACUACUGAUGUGAAGACACUGGUAUCACCAUUAAUUGGGAUAAUUGAUACUAUCAAUGUGAAGGAAGGAGACACUGUUUCAUCUGCGGAUGUCAGUGUUGUCAGCGUCAGAUAUUGUGAUCACAGUGUAGUGGCACUGGACUUGUGUGCAUUCUGUGGACUAGACCUGAGGAGUAUAUCCUCAGUGAGUGAUAGAGGUACAGAGGAUCAUGCUAAUGUUAGUAUGUUGCACGGUAUGCCUCAAGUGAAAGUUAAUAAGAAGGAAGCUCAGAGAUUAGGUAAUCUAGACAAAGAGUGUUUAUUGAAGAACAGAAAGCUAGCACUGAUUAUUGAUUUAGAUCAGACACUUAUACAUACUUCCAUUGACAGGAAUAUUGAACGUGGAUUACCAGAUGUACAUUCAUUCACAUUGCCAGGUCACUCUUGUGUUUAUCACUGUCGUUUGAGACCUUACGUUAGAGAGUUUUUAAACCACAUCUCACAGUACUAUGAGCUUCAUGUUGCCACUAUGGGUACAAGGGAUUAUGCUGAUGCCAUUACUAAGAUACUGGAUCAGGAGAAGAAGCUCUUCUCUCAUCGAGUCAUUUCACGUAACGAGUUAUUGGACCCUCACUCUAAAGCUGUCAGAUUAAAGUCAGUGUUCCCUUGUGGAGAUGAGAUGGUUGCUAUUAUGGAUGACAGAGGUGACGUAUGGGGACACAGACCUAACCUCAUUCAUGUUAAAGCAUACGUGUUCUUUGCUGGAACUGAUGACAUUAAUGCUCCACCUCUUCCUCCUCCCACUGCCCCUCCCACCCAUCAUCCUCCUCCCACUGCCCCUCCCACCCAUCAUCCUCCUCCCACUGCCCCUCCCACCCAUCAUCAUCCUCCUCCUUCCACUGCCCCUCCCACUUCUACUAUACCUCCUCCUAAUUCACUUUCAGACCAUCCUCCUCAAGGAGAAGAUCACCAUAGCAACGUAUCCUCUUUACCUAGCAACAGUAAUUCCAAUAAUAACACUGAUAAAGGUGGUAAUGGGAACGGGAACAAAGAUGGAAAGAAUAAUCAAACUGGAGGAGCUACUGGAGGCCCUACCAAUACAACAUCAGCUCCUCCACUCUCUCCCCCUUCUACCACUAAUACUACUGCUGCUUCUAUUACUAACACUGCUGCUUCUACUGCUACUCCUACUACUGCUUCUAGUUCUACUGUUGGUGCUGCUCCUGGUUCAAGUGAUGAGGCAAGGGGCCAGGCUAAUGGUGGAAAAGAUGGCUCCAGUUCCUCUCAACCUCUUCCCUCCUCUUCUACUGUUAAUGAAGAUAGAGCUACUCACACUACAGCUAUUGUUUAUGAUGGCGGUGCUAAUAAUGAGACUGUUAGUGGUAGCGAUGCUAUUAGUGAUGCUAUGGUAGUCAGUACUACUGAUGAUCCUGCCUCUUCAUCUAUUCCUCCUGGAGAUGAAACUCAUCAUUUGGCUGAUUAUAAUGUGUCAUCAUCUUCAAGCAGCUCCUCAUCAAGCGACAGCUCUGAUGAUGAAGAGGAGGAGUCAAUGGAUACUACACCCUCCACACUAGCUCAGAAUCAUCCACAGCCUCCAACUGUCCCUGAGCCCAGCCCACCUGAUACUGCCAUGGAAGUACAUGCUAAGCCCCGACCAGUGAUAAAUGAUCCUGAUAAGUUCCUGGUGUACCUGCAGGACCUACUGGAGAGGAUUCAUGAGACAUUUUACAAAGAAUAUGAUGAGAUGAAGAGAGAGGAAGAGGAGAAUAAAGGAGGGAGAGAUACUGGGAGUGAGUCUCUUUCCUCUCCUGAUUUAAAGGUCAUCAUUCCUUCCUUGCGUAAGUCAGUUUUCUCUGGUUUGCGGUUGCUGUUCACUGGAAUCAUACCAACAAACAUGAAUCCUGAGAAGAGUAGGGAAUGGAACACAACCAGAGCCUUUGGUGGUGAGAUACACUCGACCCUUGUCACUACCCCUGCACCUGAUGAUGAGCACACCACUCACAUUAUUGUUGGUAAGAAGGACACUGAUAAAUACAAGCAGGCUCUUAGAAUCCCAGGGAUUGAGAUAGUGAGUCCAGAGUGGUUCUGGGAUUGUGCUGAGAGAUGGAAGAGGUUAGAUGAAGAUGAGUAUCGAUUAGAUGGAGAAAGGAAAGUAGAAUUAAAACAGGAGACUAGUGAGACUAAGCUACAAGAUAAUAAGAAAGUUAACGAUGUGAAGAGGAGAAAGGGAAGGAGGGAGGAGGAGAAGGACAGUAAAGGGAAAAGGAAAAUGACUCCUCCGAGACAAAAAGCUAAACUAAGACAUGACACGACUCCACCUCCUUUUGAAAGAAAAUUCUCAGUCUCUAGUGCUGAACUGGAGCUGAUGGAGGCUGAGAUUGAUGCUGAACUAGAAACUGAUGAUGAUGAAGAUGAUGAUGAAAGGAUUGGUAGUUAUAUUCAGCCAGUCAAAGAUGAAGAUGAAGACUCUUUUAAUGCAUACCUAGGUCUGGAGGAACCAUCACAAUCAAGGAGCUCUUCAAGGAAGAGGAAGCGUAUACCUGAUGAUGACCCUUGCUCCAGUGAUUCUGUAUCUGAUUCAACCAGUGAUGAUAGUGAUGAUGAGCUCUCUGCUUUACUGGAGUUUACUUGACAUAUACUCCCAUUGUAUUUCCUCCAUCCUUCUCUUGUUUUCAUACCAUUUUUACUUGACCUUUCACAGUUCUCUCUCUCUCUCUCUCAUUCCAUUCUAUUUUUCCCCUCCUUUUAUAAGUUGACAUGUUUUUAUUAUAGAAAGCUCCUCUUGAGUUACA